CGAGGUUGUGCUCCAGAGCCGAGACGAAAUUGCAAUUAUACCCCCUAUUAGUGGAGGCUAGUGUGCUGGAGGUCUAGCUGACUUUCGUUAUAUUGUGAUAAAAUGGACAUAGUUGAUGUUACAGAGAAGAAGUUGAGUGUGGAUACUAUCACUGAACUUGUUUCUGAUGACACGUGUGGGGCAGUCUCAUUAUUUAUAGGAACCACUCGCAACAACUUUGACAACAAGGAGGUGCUGAGACUGGAGUAUGAGGCCUACGAGCCCAUGGCCAAGAAGAAGAUGCUUGAAGUAUGUGCGUCCAUCAGGCAGCAGUGGCAGGUCCACAAAAUAGCCAUGAUACACCGCAUAGGGGUGGUUCCUGUCAAAGAAGCGAGUAUCAUCAUUGCCAUUUCCUCAGCACACCGAAAGGAGUCUCUAGAUGCUGUUCAGUAUGCCAUCAACACUGUGAAAGCUGUUGUGCCUGUUUGGAAGAAGGAAAUUUAUGCUGAUGACUCUUCAUCCUGGAAGCAGAACAAAGAGUGUGCAUGGAGUGAAGAUUGCCCGGCAACAGCUUCUGGCCCCGCAGGUUCAAGUCAAGGGACAGCAGAUGACUAGAGAAAGACAGAUGAAUUAGCACAAUGAUGAGUUUACAAUAAAAGCAACAGUCAUAAUAUUGAUUCAAAUUGUCCAAUUUCAAGCCAUAAGAUAUUUACCUCUGGACUUACAGUUGUGUGAUUUGAUUUGAUGAUUUCUCAGUCAUAGUGAAUUUUAUUUUGGUUGUUGUUUUAGUUUAUUUUGUAUCCGUAAACUUGAAAUGUGGCAUUUAUCAGAGUUGGGUUUUAUAAUGGCUUCUAAAUUGUGUGGACGGAUGUGUAAAAAACACAAACACUCUAAAAAUUUCUUUUUGAAUAUUGGCUUGAAGGACAUGUUUAUGUCGUCACACACAUAUAUAUAUAUGUAAUGAUAUAAUAAUAUAUAUAUGUUAUAAUUUAUGAUUUAAUCAGAGAAAUCAGUAGAAAUGAAAUAUGUUUUUGACUCAAUGACCAUUCAUUGAACCCUUCCUUUUUUUUUUUUUUUUCAUAAUGGAUACCAUAAUCACUAUAUAUUACCUUCAGUUCCUCAGGUUAUUUCUCAGGUUUUGAAAAACUAAAAUUUGGAGAGAAAAAAAUCUACUUGAGAGAAUUUUACAGAUACAGUCCAGCAAUCACAUAGCGAAAUUGGUUGGUGGGUUGUGGAAAUUUAUUCGUUGUACAAGAAUUUCCAGCUAUAUAAAAUACAUUUGAACCUGCUCUAAUUGCCACCUCUACAAGACAAUCACACGUACAAACCGCCACUUCCCAUUUCCCCCUUACGUCUGGAAGAUGGCCACUUUUUCUUUCAACAUUGGGUGGCCGUUAUUGAUAAUUUAGAGACAAAAGUUGGACAAUUGGUUCAAAAUUUUACUUGAAUUAUGCCACCUAUGUCAUACCAAGAAGCCUGUUGGUUUGGUAUAUAGCCGUCUUAAUUUUUACAAAUUUGGGUUUUUGACAUUGAUUUUUGUAUCCAUCUUUGUCAGGAUCAGCCGUUUUAUCUGGUCUGAGAAACCUUUCAGCUUUUUUUUUUCUGCCAUGGUCCACUCUUUUCUACGACUUCACCUAGACGUAACUUUGCAGAAUGCUGGCAAGCUGUCACAUUGUGUGUAAUCUCUUCUGAAGAGGAAAUGCGUUGGCGCACAUAAUGACAAUACCUGAUAUGUGGCCACGCAACCGCAGACUACCUAUAUCAAGAAAAGUGUGCAAACUAAAUCUAAUGCUGAACAUUUCUGUGACAUUUGUAAUGAACAAGUCCUUGAUCUACACUAUUGCCCUCGGCUUAGACUGAGAGGGAUGGUAAGCCUAUGUUCAUACUAUGCCCACUCUCUCAUGGCUACUUCGGUAAACGGAAUUUGCAGUAGUUUAAUUAGAUCUACCCUCACUGACAGAAAUGUUUUUGCUACAUUUGAAUUGAUUACGUCUUGUGCGUGUUUUGAAUGUAAAGAAUAUAAUUUAAAGAAAAAA